AUGGUGGCUGUUUUAGGGAACGGAACUGUGAUUAUCACCAUGAGAAAAAUGAAAACAUUUACAUCUCUGGUUUUGUUUGUGACAUAUCUGGGCGUCACAGACACCUUAUGCAUAAUAUUCAAUUUUCUCUACACUCAGCUGACCCGCUAUAAAGUUCCUCUCGGUAACGGUGGAUGUAAAGCCCUACACUUUCUCAUGAACUUUACGACACCUGUGGCAAACUGGACGGUUGUUCUCAUGACCUUGGAACGUUUCAUGGCCGUCUUCUUUCCUUUCAAAAUAUCCCGAAUUUUCAGCCUGAAGAAAUCUGUCCUAACCCUUUUAAUAACGGCUGUUGUUUUACUGAUUCACGCCUCGUUCGCUCUGUGGCUCUACAUCGAGGUUAUAGACGACAGUUAUAUCUACUGUGGAGAAGAACCUGCCCUUCAGGAUGUCUCCAGGAUAAUAACUUGGCAUCACAAACAGCACACUAAUUUGUCUGUUAUGCUGGUAACUGUAUCUGUAGCCUUUGUCAUUCUUGAUCUGCCUGUUAUCAUCUUCUACUUUGUGGACCGACACCAACCUUUACCAAACAUAUGCUAA